CGCUCGGGCCGCGGAAUGGCGGCGGCGGCGCGGAGCCGGUGCUGGGCGGCGCUGGGCCGGGCCCGGGCCUCCUCCUGCCUGCGCUGGGGGCUGCGGGGCCCGGCCUGGGCGGCGCUGGGAGCAAGGCCGGAGCUGCCCCCGCGGCGCUGCCUCUCCUCACGGAAUCGCCCUGAGGGCAAAGUGUUGGAGACAGUGGGUGUCUUUGAAGUGCCGAAGCAGCAUGGCAAAUAUGAGACAGGGCAGUUGUUUCUCCACAGUAUAUUUGGAUACCGGGGGAUUGUCCUCUUUCCUUGGCAGGCCAGGUUGUACGACCGAGACAUUGCUUCCCCUGUACCUGAAAAGUGUGAGACUGCAGCUGGACACGGGUCCAAAGAGGUGAAAGGCAAGACCCACACGUACUAUCAGGUCUUGAUCGAUGCUCGCGACUGCCCACACAUAUCUCAGAGAUCCCAAACAGAAGCCGUGACGUUCUUGGCCAACCACGAUGACAGCAGAGCCCUUUAUGCAAUCCCUGGACUCGACUACGUAAGCCAUGAGGACAUUCUCCCAUAUUCGUCCACAGACCAGGUGCCCAUCCAGCACGAGCUAUUUGAACGGUUUCUCGUGUAUGAUCAAGCAAAAGCUCCUCCCUUUGUGGCCAGGGAUACGCUGUGUGCUUGGCAGGAGAAAAACCACCCAUGGCUGGAGCUCUCUGAUGUGCACCGGGAGACCACCGAAAACAUCCGGGUCACUGUCAUCCCCUUCUACAUGGGCAUGCGGGAAGCGCAGAAUUCUCAUGUCUACUGGUGGCGCUACUGCAUCCGGCUGGAAAACCUGGACAGUGAAGUGGUGCAGCUCCGGGAACGGCACUGGAGGAUCUUCAGCUUGUCGGGCACCCUGGAGACCGUCCGCGGCCGGGGAGUCGUGGGGCGAGAGCCUGUCCUGUCCAAAGAGCAGCCGGCCUUCCAGUACAGCAGCCAUGUCUCCUUGCAGGCGUCUAGCGGGCACAUGUGGGGCACAUUUCGCUUUGAGCGGCCUGACGGCUCCCAUUUUGACGUCCGGAUCCCGCCCUUCUCCCUGGAAAGCAAUAAGGAUGAGAAGACGCCCCCUUCUGGCCUCCACUGGUAGUCUCAGGAAGCCAGCUCCCUCCAGCCCCUCUGGACAGUUUUCCUCCCACAAGCCCCCAACUCCUCAAGGGCUGAAACUAGUUCUAGGUUUUACAGGGAACGUUCCUCCCACCCCCAUUUCCAUCUUUAACAGUUGCUGAGAGAUGGGCUCGUUUGGACUCUGAGGUGAGUUGACUGGGCAGUAUUCUCCCUCUGGCCACAGUUGGGGCACACAGAACAAAGCUGCCAUGGACAGAACCCGCAAAGCUCUCUGAAGGUGUUGUGUGGACUCUUCUGGAUGCGAGGUGGUGUGUUUCUUCACUAAAUAAACCAGCCUCCCUGUUA